CAUCAAGUGGCUUGGAUUGCGUAAGGAUGACAUUGAGCAGCUCAUACCUGAAGAAUCUUUAAUUCCAUUGACGCCAAAAGACCAUCAAAUCGCCAAAAGCUUGGCUUCCUCAGAGAUCCUCCAGGACAAUGGAGCUCGUGUUGAGGAACCAAGAACAAGUCUUGUCGAAGAUUGCCACGAGCGACGGCCAUGGUGAGAACUCGGCGUACUUUGAUGGCUGGAAGGCCUACGACAGCGAUCCUUACAACCCUGUCAAUAAUCCCGAUGGCGUCAUUCAGAUGGGGUUGUCCGAAAAUCAGCUUUCAUUUGAUUUAGUUCAAGAAUGGGUUCUGAGCCACCCGGAGGCGUCCCUCUGCACGCCGGAAGGCGCGCGCGAGUUUAAGGAUAUCGCCAUCUUUCAGGACUACCAUGGAUUGCAAGAAUUCAGAAAUGCUGUCGCUAGAUUCAUGGAGAGAGUCCGAGGGAACAGAGCUGUGUUCGAUCCAGACCGGAUAGUUAUGAGUGGCGGCGCAACUGGCGCUCAGGAAACGCUAACUUUCUGCUUGGCUGAUCCGGGAGACGCGAUCUUGGUCCCGACUCCGUAUUACCCGGGAAAUGAUAGAGAUUUGACAUGGCGAACCCGGGUGUGCCUCUUCCCCGUCAUCUGCGACAGCUCCAACGGCUUCAAGAUCACCCGAGAAGGCGUCGAAAGCGCGUACUACAAAGCACAAGAUUCAAAUCUCCGGGUGAAGGGAUUGCUCAUCAACAAUCCGUCAAACCCGUUGGGCACGGUUUUGGAUCGAGAGACGUUAACCGAGUGUUUGCGCUUCACUCAGGACAAGAACAUACACUUGAUCUGCGACGAGAUCUACUCGGCGACUGUCUUCAGACAGCCCGGAUUCGUCAGCAUUGCCGAGAUCAUGCAAGAAAAUCUAUCGCGGUGCGAUCCCAACCUUGUCCACAUCGUCUACAGCCUGUCCAAGGACCUCGGAUUCCCGGGCUUCCGAGUCGGGAUCCUAUACUCUUACAACGACGCGGUCGUGACCACCGCACGCAAGAUGUCGAGCUUUGGGCUCGUCUCGACGCAGACGCAACGCCUCAUCGCGUCGAUGCUGUCGGACGAGAGUUUCGUCGAGAUGUUCUUGCAAGAAAGCACGCGGCGGCUCGGGACUCGCCACCGCAUGAUGUCAAAGGCUCUGGCACAAGUCGGGAUCGGGAGCCUCCGGGGCAAUGCCGGGCUCUAUGGCUGGAUGGACUUACGACGGUUGCUGAAGGCGCCGACGUUCGAGGCCGAGAUGGAGCUGUGGCACGUGAUCAUCGACGACGUCAAAAUCAACGUGUCGCCGGGGGCAUCGUUCCAUUGCUCGGAGCCGGGAUGGUUCCGGGUUUGCUUCGCGAACAUGGACGAGGAGACGAUGGUCGUCGCGCUUUAUCGGAUUUGUAAAUUCGUCGUGCAUAACAAGGAGUCGCCGGAAAAUGUCGACCGGCGGAAGCCUUGCCAGCGCCGGAGCAAGCUCGAGAUCAGUGUGUCUUUCCGGCGGUUGAAGGAUGAGCUGUUGAUGACCCCUCGCUCGGCUAUGGUUCAAGUGAAGGAGUAGUAAACUAACUUGAGUUAAGUUAACUUGAGUUAAGUUAAGUUAAGCGUUAUUUAUAUCUGCUGAAAGUUAAAUAAAGUCAGAAUAAGGAUUGAGGAGAUGUGUGAUAAGAAUUUUCACAUUUUGCAUUUGAGUCAUACGUUACAUAUGUUGUGUAAGACGAAAGUUAAUGUGAGAAAG